UUACUCAGUGUAAUUAGCGUUCAUAUCUAAGGAAAUAAAGGACAAUUUCCCAAAACAAAAAUGUCCGACCCUAUACAAAGGCGCGUAUUGUGGGGAAACGGAAAUUGCCGAUGAUAUCCGAGAUAGUAAUAAAAUGGCGGUGGUUGGAAGAGGAAAGAGUUCUGUGGUUUUAUCAUCUGUUCCUCUACAGAUGCUGCUGUAUUUAAAUGUGAUAUACUAUGUGUUUUAUUUCUUAGCCACUCUGUUGAUGCUCAUAUAUAAAAGUCAAGUAUUUAGUUAUCCUGGUAGCAACCUAGCUCUGGAUCUUUGCCUUUUGUUUCUGAUGGGAUUUCUCGAGCCUUUACAACUGUACCUUGGAACAAGAGGAAACCUGGCAGAAGAAAAGAUUACAUUAGGAUCCAGCCUUGUAGUUACAGUCGGGAACAUAUUCCUAGCCAUAUAUUUCCUAACAUGGCAGACAUACAUCCUGCGAGCUGAUCUCAUCAUCAACAUCAUCUUGAUUGUCAUUUAUGGUCUGGCAGUGACCCUCAAGUUUCUGACCAUGGCAGCCUUCUUCCAUUGAUAAAAUAAAGUUCUUGGC